UAGUGUGGGUACGAAUUGACUUGAUACCUACCAUGUUUGGAUGAAACUACUUUUACACUACCCUUGACACACGUCAACUUCCGGUCAACAUGGCAAGUCAACAACAACGAGACGCUUGUUUGAUAUGUUUGUUUGAUGUAGACGGAACAUUGACUGCUCCACGACAGGCAGCUACACAAGAAAUGUUAGAAUUCUUAAAAAGACUAAAACAAAAGUGUUAUGUAGGCCUGGUGGGAGGUUCUGAUUUAUCUAAGAUAGCUGAACAAAUAGGAAGUAACGUUGCAAAGGAAUAUGAUUUUUUGUUUGCUGAGAAUGGAUUAGUUGCUUUUCAAGAUGGCAAACAAGUAGGACAGGAGAACCUUCUUCACAACAAAGGAGAGGAGUGUCUACAAAAAGUGAUCAAUUUUGCUCUGAAAUACAUGUCUGAAUUAGAGUUACCUGCCAAAAGAGGAACCUUUGUUGAGUUUAGAAGCAGUAUGUUAAAUCUUUGUCCAGUCGGCAGAAGCUGUUCGCAGAAGGAAAGAGAUGAAUUUUCUGAAUUUGACAAGAAAAAUAACAUAAGGAAGAAGUUUGUAGAGGCAUUGUACCAGAACUUUCCUGAUGCUGGCCUGAAGUUUGCGAUUGGUGGUCAGAUCAGUAUUGAUGUGUUUCCAGUUGGCUGGGACAAAACAUUCUGCUUACAGUUUUUGGAGAAGGCUGGCUUCAAGACAAUCCAUUUCUUUGGAGACAAAACAAAUCCAGGUGGAAAUGACCAUGAGAUUUACGAAGACUCCAGGACAAUUGGACAUUCUGUGACCAGUCCCCAGGACACGAUUAAACAAGUUUUAGAGGUCAUCCCAGGUUUAUAAUGAUGGCUGCAUUUAGACAAUUUUAAAAUUUAUAAUAGAAGAUGUCUGAAAUCCUUUAUCCUCUCUAACCAAGAACUCUUUGGAGGUCGAUGAAAUAACAAGACUUGUGCAAUAUUUGUACAGUUUUAAUCUAGCAGCUGUUUGAACUGGUAAUGCAGAACAUAGGAGGGUUUUAUAUUUAAAUGUGGUUUUAUGGUGUUAUCAAAUUUUCUGUUCAUUCCAACAAGAUGUAUAGUGUAAAUUCUAGCAUUUACAUCCUAUCCUGAUAUUAGCGUAUACUGUAAAUCACUUUUUAUUCAUGAGGAGCUUUUUUUUUGCAUAAUUACACAUGCAAAAUUUUAUUCUUGCAUGUAUAUUGUUUAGUAUUAUAUACAAUAAUGACCAGAAUUCGUGAAAAUUUUGUCUCGCUAUAUAAAUACAUGUACCAGAUUGCUAUAUCGCGAAGAUAAGAUGUCACAAAAAUUUUGUGAUCUACAGUAUUUUAAAAAUUAACACAUACUUUCAUAUUCAACUGUUAUUACAUUACAUGUUAGCUUUUCAUUUAUACAGGGUUCAACAUUGAAUCUCGUAUGCAUCAAAUUUCUAUGGGUUUAUAUAUUUACAUAUUUUAUAUAUUUUUUUUUUCC